AGAAACAAAACGUAUUUUGUCACCUUGGCAUUAGCUAAUUAUUUUGGUUAGGUUGAGUGAUAACUCUGGUACUUAUGUUUUUCUGUCUUAUGAUUUCCUCUAUAUUUUUUUGUGUUAAACCUUAAUAAUCUGGUGUAAAACAAGAUGAUAAGGACUAUUUCGUGAGUUUAUAGUAAAUAUUUUCAUUAAGUAUACUUAAAUCUACGAAAAUGACGACUCCAGGUUCAUCGUCUUCGGCUAACGUUCAAGAGUUUUCGAUCCGUGUUCCCAAGAAUGUCAGGAAGAAAUACCAUGUAAUGAGAUUCAAUGCAACUCUGAACGUAGACUUUGCAAAAUGGACGCACGUCAAAAUGGAACGAGAGAACAACAUUAAAGAAUUCAAAGGAGCUGACGAAGAAAUGCCCAAAUUUGGUGCUGGAUCUGAAUAUGGCCGUGAGAUAAGGGAGGAAGCUCGGCGCAAAAAGUUUGGCAUAGUGGCACGCAAGUACAAACCUGAGGACCAGCCGUGGAUCCUCAAAGUUGGAGGCAAGACUGGAAAAAAAUUUAAAGGAAUUCGUGAGGGUGGCGUAUCAGAGAAUGCUGCCUACUAUGUAUUCACGCACGCGGCAGAUGGUGCCAUCGAUGCUUAUCCACUGCAGGAAUGGUACAAUUUCCAACCCAUUCAACGGUACAAAGCUUUAUCUGCCGAGGAGGCGGAACAAGAGUUUGGCAGGCGCAACAAGGUUAUCAACUACUUUUCGCUGAUGUUCCGGAAGCGUAUGCGUGGCGAGGAUGGUGCUGAUGAUGGCGAGGACCCUGACGAGAAGAAAACCAAAGGCAAAGCCAAGAAGGAUCUGAAGAUAUCAGAGAUGGACGAAUGGGCCGACUCCGACGACGACUCGAUGGAUUCGGAAAACGGCGAAAAGGACAACGACAGUGACUCCGGCGUAAAAAAGAAGAAGAAGAAAGCUCCCCCUAAGAAGAAACGGAAAGUGGAGGAUGAGGCUUUUGAGGAGAGCGACGACGGCGACGAGGAGGGCAGGGAGAAGGACUACAUAUCCGACUCGUCUGACAGUGAUUCAGAUCACGAGGCCAAAGCGAAUAAAGAACUCAAAGGCGUCGCUGAAGAGGAUGCGCUCAGGAAACUGCUGACCUCCGAUGAGGACUCUGAAGAGGAGCAGGAGCAGAAGCAGGAGUCCGAGCAAGAGGACGAGCCCACCAAGGAGGGCGAGGAGCGCGCAAGCAAACUCACCAAGAAAAAGAAGAAGACUGACGAGAACAAAAAAGAUUCGAGCAGCGAGCUCAGUUCGGACUCGGACACCGAUCCCGAGAGCGGUGGCACUAAGAAACCCAAGAAAUCUAAAAAUGCAAACUCUAGUGAAAAGAAUGCGCCUGUUCCAAGCACUUCAGGAGCGAGCCUGCCGGGCAGCGCGGCCACGUCGCGCGCGGGCUCGCCGGCGCCGCCCGUGUCCGCCGCCGCCGCCGCCGUGGCCGCCGCCAACGCCGCCGCCAACGCGCCGCCCGCCAAGCGCCACAAACUCGACCCCUCCUACACCGAGUGCGGCGUAACAGAAGAGGCAGUACGCCGAUACCUGGCCCGUAAACCUAUGACUACCACCGAACUCCUCACUAAGUUCAAGUCGAAGCGCACGGGGGUGAGCAGUGAGCGAUUGGUCGAGACGAUGACGCAGAUCCUCAAGAGAAUCAACCCCCUCAAGCAAAAUAUUAAUGGCAAAAUGUAUCUUAGUAUCAAGUGAAUAUUGUGAUAUAUUAAAUAUAAUGUUACAUGGAUAA